AUGGCUGCCACGAAUAAUCCCGGUGCUGAUAUCAACCUUUCCAAGGACGAUCCCAAGCCCAAGCCCCCAUGGCCCACGGACCCCAGUAUCGCUGUAGCAAUAUUGUUCUCGGUGCAGAACUCUCGUGUCUCCGACAGGACUUGGACUAACACAAGCCCACAGUACCGGGAAAGUAAUUUCCGAAUCCUUUGCCUUACAUCGAGGGGCCUGCGUCGGUGUACAGUGCUGAGAAGCUGCGGUGAGGCACGGAGAAGGAGUGUACGCAAAGGAGAGAGAAACAAGGAGAACAGGAAGGCGUACACUAGCGGUAGCAAUCUGGAAAACGGGCGGGUGGCCUGA